AUGUUAAUGAUUCCAGAAUCACCAAUAUCAUUAUCUGGUAUUAGUAUUAAAUUUCCACAUGAAAGUACAAAAGAAUUAAUGACAUCAAAUGGUCUUUACAUACCAAAAAAUAUAAUUCCAACUCGUCUACAAAUACUUGAUGAUAAUAUAUAUUUAGCAUUACCAAGAUUAAAACCUGGUGUACCAUUUACACUUGGUAAAGUAACAACUGAUAAAUAUAAUGGAAAAAAAGAAAUAUCACCAUUUCCAGAUAUAAGUUAUCAACAAGAAGGUAAAGAUGAUAAUUUACAAAAUGUUGUUGAUAUUGUACUUGAUGAACAAAAUAUUAUUUGGGCACUUGAUACUGGUGUUGUUAAUACAAGAAGUAAACCACCAAUACGUAGAUCUUCACCAAAAAUUUUUGCAAUUGAUUCAAACUCAGAAAAGAUUGUGAGAAAUAUUGAUUUGGGUAAUCUUGCAACAUCACACUCAUUGUUACAAUAUCUUGAAGUUGAUUAUGCAAGUAGUGGUCAUCCAUAUAUUUAUAUAUCUGAUGCAUCAAAUCGUGCUAUUAUUGUUUAUGAUGUUCUUAAUGAUCGUGGUACACGUGUUAGUUUACCAAAAGCUGUUAAUUUAGGAAGUUCUAUAGAUGAUAUGUUAUUUAUGAAUUUAAUUCAUCAAACAGAUGGUAAAGGAACAUUGUAUUUUACAUAUUUAAGUUCAAGUAGAAUGUUUCGUAUUGAUGUUGAUAAAUUAAGAAGUGGUGUAUCAAAAAAUGCUGUUGAAGAUGUUGGACCAAAAAAUAAUAAAAUAGUAUUACUAGGAAGAGACCAUAAAAAUUCAAUUUUCUUUAGAAAUUCAGGAGAACAUGAUGUUUAUAAAUGGAACACUGAGACACCAUUUAAUUCUGAUAAUUUUGAGCUUGUACAAAAUGGUGAUGAGUACCGUUUACCAACUCAUGUUACAUCUGAUGAUGGAAUCAUGUGGUCAAUUGAUAGUAAUUUUAUUGAUUAUGUUAAUAAUACGGUACCAUGUUCUGGUGCAUCAAUUGCCAUUCAUCCACUUCUUAAAAAUUGUUUGUAUUAA